AUGACAACUUUUAAACCCUUAGCUGGAUUGGCGUUCUGUUGUACUGGAAUUGAUGCCAAAGAAAAACGAGACGUGGUUGAGAAAAUAAACGUCCUUGGAGGGAUCCACUAUUAUGAUUUAAUGACAGAUGUUGAUUAUUUAAUUGUUGGUAGUAGAUCAACUGAGAAGUACAUAUUUUCUGUCAAGAAUAGAUCAGAUAUAAGGUUUAUUGGUACUGAUGCCAUCAAUGCAAUACAUAAACAUUGGCUUGAUGGAGUGGAUGAAACACUGGAAAAUCUAAAUAUCAAAAAUUAUCUCCUUCCUAUAUUCAAUGAUAUGACUAUUUGUUUCUCACGAAUACAGAUGACAUCAGCACAAAUAAAUCAUCUUAUUCAUAACGUCAACUUUCGACCGAAAGAUGACCCAGAAGAAUAUUAUAAACCGAAGAAUUUGUACAAAUUAUUUGUCAAACAUGGUGGAAGUGCAAAGGAAUCAUUACUGAAAACACAUAAAAUUAUGGUUACUACUGAUCCUCGAGGUACCAGAUAUGAAAAGGCAGUCGAAUGGGGAGUUAAGAUUCUUCAUCCAGUUUGGAUCGUGGAUAGUAUUGUACGAGGUGCAGCAAUGUGUCCUGAAGAUUAUUUAAUUACUGAAAACCCAAAUGAGACAUACGAGAAAGGAUGUGAUGUUUGGAAUGAAAUAAAAAGCAAUGAAGAUAUUGUCAGACAAGAGUCAAACCUUACAAUUCGAAGGUCGGAGUCAGCUGAACCUGAACAGAAGAAGAAAGCAGCUGUCAACAAAGCCAACGCUGAUAUCUGGCAUUCGAUUAUGGAUCAUACUGAAAGGCAUAAUAAACAGUUGAUUCGAGAUAAAACCUGGGAUGAAGAAGAUGAUGAGGACGAGGACGAGGAUGAUAAUUCGUAUACUCAGUCUCGUGAUAUAGAUAGUGAAGGUAAUGAUGGAGGUCCAAUUCUUGCUGAUAAACGUGAAUCCUCAACUGCUCUGGAGAGUCAACUUUUUUUGGGAUUUAAUUUUCUCACUAUAGGAUUUGAUUCAAGACAGUUUGAUUUGUUAUCCAAAACGAUUGAGAGUUUUCUGGGUGAAGUUGCCAAUGAUCCAAAUGAUGAUUCAAUUACCCAUGUUGUGAUGCCAUCGAUUAAAGGAAGUCAGUAUAUAACUGUGUUAAAAGUAUUACCAUCUGAAUUGAAACUGCGGAUUACCAAUGGGUUUGUCAAAGUAGUAACGGAAUUUUUCAUUGAAAGAUGCAUGUUUUACAAGAAAAUCGUUUUAGAUAGAUGGGGUCAGCCAAUGAAGGGGCUACUUUCUUCAAAGAAAAUAUUCAAGAUUUGUAUAACUGGUUUUACUGGAGUUGAGUUGAUGCACAUUGAAAAGUUGAUGAAGGCAUUGAAUUUUGAAUAUUGUGAAUCAUUGGCCGAAGACAGAGAUUUGUUAAUUCUUAAUAUUAAUCUAUUUAAACCUAGUUUCAUUAAAAACUCUCCGAGAUUAUUCCAAUACAAAUGUAAGGAAAUCGUCAAUUGUCCAACAGGUGGUUCUGUGUCCCUCAUGUCUGCCAAAAACAAAAUUGAUGCAGCAAAACAAUGGAAUAUCCCAGUCGUUUCUGUUGCGUAUCUUUGGGAUAUAAUGGAACAAUCAGCAAGCAAAUCACAUAUUGUCAUGCCAGACAUCACUGAUUUACAAUGGUGUAUAUUCGCUCCUAGUAACUACAACAAGCCUAAAUCGUUAUUGGAGUAUGUGAAGAAUCUAGAUAAAGCCAGUCGAGAAGGUUCUGUUGCAGACACUACCGCUGUCGCUAAUGAAGAUGGAGAUAAUGACCAGGAGACACACACCACAACAAGCGAUAAUUCUGCGUCUACAGCUCUGGUUAAAUUACCAUCACCAAGACGAACAAAUGCCAAGAGAAAGUAUGGGAAAUUGAUAGCUGCUGAUAAAUCACCCAAAUCAAUACGAUCAAAAUUGUUAGAGGCUGCAAAUACUAAAUCUAUGGAUGACGAUGAGUCAGAACAAAACGUAAACCCCGACGUCACAAUGGAAGAGGAUAUGAUGUCACAGAUAAGAUAUCAAGAUAAUGACUCAUUGUUUAAUCAAGAAAGACUACUAGAAAAACUUGAAAGUUCUGUUCUCCCAAAUAAUUACUCACAUAAACGAAGAAGAAAAGAAUAA